UGUGACUCAUUGUGUCUGUGUCGAGGAGCCUGGAGGGCCUAGGUCUGUGCUCGGCGCCCGUCGGCCAGAGGGAGUCCCAGAGUUAGCUCCCGGUUCUCGCCAAGCGCCCCCAGGCCGCUCCUGGGGCUCACGGAGUGGGCUGAGCCCCCUCGGUACUGACAGGAGAGCACAGCCCCCAUUUGGAUCAAGUUUUCUGCCCACACUUGAAUGAUGACUGCCGAGUCUCGGGAAGCCACGGACCUGUCCCCCCAGGCUGCACAAGAGAAGGAUGGAAUUGUGAUUGUGAAGGUGGAGGAAGAAGAUGAGGAAGACCAUAUGUGGGGACAGGACACCAGCCUGCAGGAGACUCCUCCCCCUGACCCAGAGAUAUUCCGCCAGCGCUUCCGGCACUUCUGUUAUCAGAACACGUUUGGGCCCCGAGAAGCUCUGAGUCGACUCAAGGAGCUUUGUCACCAGUGGCUGCGGCCGGAGGUUAACAGCAAGGAGCAGAUCCUGGAGCUGCUGGUGCUGGAGCAGUUCCUGAGCAUCCUGCCCAAGGAGCUGCAGGUGUGGCUGCAGGAGUACCGGCCCGACAGUGGGGAGGAGGCCGUGACCCUGCUGGAAGAUUUGGAGCUUGACUUAUCAGGCCAGCAAGUCCCAGGUCAGGUUCAUGGGCCUGAGAUGCUCGCAAGAGGGAUGGUGCCUCUGGAUCCAGUGCAGGAGUCCUCAAGCUUUGACCUUCACCAUGAGGCCAUGCCCUCCCACUUCAAGCACUCAUCUCGGAAAGCCCGGCACUUACAGUCACGUGCUCUCCCUGCCACCCACGUUCCUGCCCUUCAUCAGGAAGGGGGUCCCAGAAGCCAGGCGAUGGCCCCUGCACUAUUUGCAGCAGAUUCUCAGGCGAUGGUGAAGAUUGAAGACAUGGCUGUGUCCCUCAUCCUGGAGGAGUGGGGCUGCCAGAACCUGGCUCGACGGAAUCUCGGUAGAGACGGCAGGCAAGAGAAUUAUGGGAACGUUCUUUCCCAGGGUUGUGAAAAUAGGAAUGAGAAUGAGGAGUCAACCUCAAAGGCUGAAGCUGCGGAAGACUCAGCCUCACGUGGGGAGACAAGAAGCCGAUUCCAGAAAGAGUUUGGAGAGAAACGUGAGCAGCAAGGCAGAAUAGUAGAAAGGCAGCAGCCAAGAAACCCUGAGGAGAAAACUGGAAAAGAAAAGAAAGAUGCAGGGCUAGCUGCAGUCAAGGAAAAAAAACCCACUCCUGGAGAGAGAGGUCCAAGGGAGAAGGGGAAGGGGCUGGGAAGAAGCUUCAGCCUGAGUUCAAACUUUAACAACCCGGAAGAAGUCCCGACAGGAGCAAAGUCUCACAGGUGUGAUGAAUGUGGUAAGUGCUUCACCAGGAGCUCCAGCCUUAUCCGCCAUAAAAUCAUUCACACUGGAGAGAAACCCUACGAAUGUAGUGAGUGUGGGAAGGCCUUCAGUCUUAACUCUAACCUAGUCCUACACCAGAGAAUCCACACAGGAGAGAAGCCUCAUGAAUGUAACGAGUGCGGCAAGGCCUUCAGUCACAGCUCCAACCUCAUCCUGCACCAGCGCAUCCACUCUGGAGAGAAACCUUACGAAUGUAACGAGUGCGGGAAGGCCUUCAGCCAGAGCUCAGAUCUCACCAAACAUCAGAGAAUCCACACGGGGGAAAAGCCCUAUGAAUGUAGCGAGUGUGGGAAAGCUUUCAACCGAAACUCGUAUCUUAUUCUGCACCGGAGAAUCCAUACCCGAGAAAAACCCUACAAGUGCACAAAGUGCGGCAAGGCCUUCACUCGGAGCUCCACCCUCACUCUGCACCACAGAAUCCACACCCGAGAGCGAGCCUCUGAGUACAGCCCAGCCUCCCUCGACGCCUUUGGAGCAUUCCUGAAGAGCUACAACCACGGCCUGCCUGCCCGCACUGUGACCUCCUACUCCGAGCGCCGAGACCUCCUGAUUCCUAGAAAGGCCGCGGUGGUCCCCCCCACUCGCAGGCAGGCCUCUGACGCACUUCCGGCCGCGCCGACCAGUCCCGAGCGUCGCAGUGUCGCAGCUCCCCGAGCGGCUCUGCUUCCCGGUGAGUUUCCCGCUCCUCUAUUCAUGUCGCGGGUGGGAGAGGGAGACUUAGACCCAAAGGGCUCGAGACGAGUGGAGGGCGAGGCGGCAAGAGGCUCGAGGGAAUCCCCAAACCGGCGCUGGGAGGGCUUAGGGAGGGGCUACCCGACCCUGCCCAGCUCCGGCCGGUGGAGGCGCUGGCUCGCCGGCCGCCGCCGCCGCCUCCCCCGGGGCUCCGCCAGUGCAACCGCCGUGGUGGCGUUCCACUGCCGUUUCCUGGACCUUCCCGGCGUCCAGCGAAACCCAAACACCGCUACACAGAGCCCUGCCUGGAGCCAGGCUGUUUCUGGGGGCUGUGCGAUGACCAAGGUGCUGAGCAUGACCACCACAGUUGGCCUUCAGCAUCCACAGGAGCCAGAGCCGGGGAUCCUGAAAGUCAAGGAGGAGAAAGGGAACUGCUGUCCCAACCUUGAGAUUUUCCGCCAGCGCUUCAGGCAGUUUGGGUACCAUGACACUCCUGGGCCCCGGGAGGCCCUCAGCCAACUCCGGGUGCUCUGCUGUGAGUGGCUGCGGCCUGAGCUGCACACCAAGGAGCAGAUCCUGGAGCUGCUGGUGCUGGAGCAGUUCCUGAGCAUCCUGCCCCGUGAAUUGCAGGCGUGGGUGCAGGAGCACUGCCCCGAGAGUGCCGAAGAGGCCGUUAGGCUCCUGGAAGAUCUGGAGCAAGAACUGGAUGAGCCAGGACCACAGGUCUCCCCUCCAAGUAAACCAAAACCAAUGUGGGAGGAGAUGUCAUCUUCAGUAGCAGCAAAGGAAUUCUCAGGCGACACACAGCCAGAGUCUGUGGACGCCAGCCACAACUAUGAACCUUGGGGGCCCCUGUACAUCCAGGAAACUGGUGAAGAACAAGAUUUCACUUCAGAACUGAGAAAAAUUCAAGUUUGUAAAUUGAGCCCCCAGAAUGAGGAAUCACCGGACAAGCUGGAAAGUUGUGAAGAUUCUAGUACAGAAGGUUUCCAGAGAGAUAUUAUUUCUAUGGUUAUUGACAGUAAGUGUGAAGCCAGGCUCGAACGGCAGUGGGUAAAUCUUGGAAAGGAAAGAGGCACAAAAACCCCUUUGCAAAACACAGGUUCCAAGAGAGGUAAACAAUUCAUUUCCACUAAACCUGCCCCAGGAGAGAAACGUUACAUCUGUGCUGAGUGUGGAAAAGCCUUUAGUAAUAGCUCGAACCUUACCAAACAUCGGCGAACACACACUGGGGAGAAACCUUACGUGUGCACCAAAUGUGGGAAAGCAUUCAGCCACAGCUCUAACCUUACCCUCCACUACAGAACACACUUGGUGGACCGACCCUAUGACUGUAAGUGUGGGAAAGCCUUUGGUCAGAGCUCAGACCUCCUUAAACAUCAGCGAAUGCACACCGAAGAGGCACCCUAUCAGUGUAAAGAUUGUGGUAAAGCAUUCAGUGGGAAAGGCAGCCUCAUCCGACACUAUCGAAUCCACACGGGGGAGAAGCCCUAUCAGUGUAACGAAUGCGGGAAAAGUUUUAGUCAGCAUGCAGGUCUUAGUUCUCAUCAGAGACUCCACACUGGAGAGAAGCCUUACAAAUGUAAGGAGUGUGGGAAAGCCUUCAAUCACAGCUCCAAUUUUAAUAAACAUCACAGAAUCCAUACUGGGGAGAAGCCCUACUGGUGCAGUCAUUGCGGGAAAACAUUCUGUAGUAAGUCAAAUCUUUCCAAGCAUCAAAGAGUCCACACUGGAGAGGGGGAAGUGCUGUAAUUGCCCAGUGUCCUCUGUUGGUGGAUCUAGGUUCUGGAAACAUUAGAAUGUGAAUGUUAGGAAGAAGCCCGGUAAUGACAGUGUAAACUCCAGUGGUAGAUUUUGUUGUACUCAACAUCAAGGGGUGUCUGAGAAUUGAGAGAAAACUCAAGCAGUGACAGCCACCAUAGAAAGAAAGUCAUGGGGGCAGGGGUCUGGUGCAUUUCUUGUCAGCUGGCUGGGCCAGGGUCUUCUCACAGUUGCAUUCUGUAAACCAUGCCAGAAUUGCCUUUUGUAUAGCUAAACUGAUGUGUAGCCAGUGUAAUUAAGAAACAUGACAUGUAUUCAGAAACAGUGGUGUGUAAAGAAUUGAGCCACAUGGAAUGCAGUUUAAUCUGACUCAAUAAACUUGAAAUGCUUUAGGACUAUUGCUACAAAAA